AUGGCCUUCAAAUCCUCCCAAUUGUUCAUGUUCCUCGUGGUCGUUGUCUUCCUUCUUUCCUUCAACAUCGAUUCCUACCAUUCAGCUCCUGUUUCCAGCCGACAGACACCAACUUUCAGCGGUGAUGGCACUUGGUAUAAUCCGGGCCUAGGUGCUUGUGGUGAAACAAGUUCCGACACUGAUAUUAUUUGCGCCUUGUCUUUCACGCAAUAUCAAGCGUCAGCUGAUGGAAAUCCAAACCAUAGUCCAAGUUGCGGACGAAAAAUCCAGGCAUUCUACAACGGCAAUUCUGUUAUAGCUACUGUUGUUGACGAGUGUAUGGGUUGUGAUGAGG